AUGAGUUCGAAAAUUUUUUUUCUAGCUUUGUGGAUCUAUCUCUUGAUCAUUGUUAGUGUUUCUCGGUCCACCAGCAUUAACAGUAUACUCAAAAGCAAAGCCUUGCAAGAUUUCAACCGAAACCUGAACCCUGCUAUUUUGCGAAGUGUGGACGCCGGGGCCCAAAUGGCUAUGGACCUGUGCAGAGACGUCUUCAAAUGGGAGCGCUGGAACUGCCCACCGUCCGCUUUUUCCAAACAAAUGAAUCAACAACCAACUAGAGAAAAAGCCUACGUAGAUGCCAUUUUAGCAGCUGGAAUCAUCUACUCCAUCACUAAAGACUGUUCAGAAGGAGUGAUUGAAGAGUGCGGCUGUAACUCCAAUCUAAAACGAGAAAUUGAAGAAAACGCUAUCAUUACGUCGUACUUAUUUCCAUCAAAGCUACAAAUGGAAAGAGACUGGGCUUGGGGUGGGUGCUCAGAUGACUCCAGUUUCGGCGAAAACUUAGUCCUCAAACUACUAGACAAAAACGAAAAGUCUGGGGAUCCUCAAAGCUUCGUCAGCCGCCACAAUAAUCGAAUCGGAAGAGAGAUCAUUCGGGAGAAAAUGAUGAAGAGUUGUCAGUGCCAUGGGGUCUCUGGAAGCUGCUCUUUCCAGACGUGCUGGAUGAAAAUGCCCACUUUUCCACAAAUCGCGAAACAGCUAAAAGAGCGCUACGACAGAGCGAUGUUUAUCAGCUACGAAAAGAUCGGCGUAGGUGUGGCUCUGGGGAAUUCGGCCAGGCAGACGCUUUUCGAAACAGACAUCAAAAUUCUAUCCAAGGGUAACCUGCUUUAUUUGGAGAAGUCGCCGAAUUACUGCUUCGAAGAUAUCGCAAGUGGGUGGCCUGGAACCCUCGGACGAACUUGUUCUAAAACUACUAACAAGGCAGCUUCCAUUUCCGAGAGGAGAAGCUGCAGACAUUUAUGUCGGAGUUGUGGGUUUAAGGCCCGCAAACAGCAGAAGCAAGUGACUCGGAUGUGUAACUGCAAGUUUACUUUUUGUUGCGAGGUGAAGUGCGACGUUUGCGUAGAAAUGGUUAACGAACACUAUUGUCACUAA